GGUAGACAGGGCGGGAUGCUCAGAGCCCUGUGGCUGCUGCCUCAAGGACUUACCCUGCUAGAGGGAAGCCAUUUGAAAGGCUUUAAGCAGGAGGCUGGUGACAUGAUUAGAUUUUCAUUUUGAAAAUGUCACCGUAUCCGCAGUGACGCAAAGCGAUCCGAGGGAACCAGUGGAUGCAGUGGGAAGAUACAACCCGACCCAGCAUUCCUCGGUCAUGGCUGCAGGAGGCGGGGGAGUUGGUUCCGGCGCUCGGGCCGGACGAACUGCUUGCUCCGUGGAACCCCGAACCGGCCCACGUGGGCCCGGCCGCCCCGCCCGCCGCGCAGACGCCGCCAGACUCUGCAGUCCCGGCCUGGGGCUGGGCGCGCCGCCUGGGAGCCCCGCACUCCACGCCCGGCCCGCGGACCGCUCAGGCCAGGCCCCCUUCCCCUCCGUCAGCCCCGAGAGACGAGUUUCCGCAGGAGCAGAGCCAGCAGCGCCGGGGCGGGCGCGUCCAGCGAACCAGAUGUUCGCCAUCCAGCCAGGGGUAGCUGAGGGGGGCCAGUUUCUGGGGGGCCCGCCUGGAGUAUGUCAGCCUGAGCUCCAACCAGACAGCAACUCCAACUUCAUGGCAAGUGCCAAAGAUGCCAAUGAGAAUUGGCAUGGGAUGCCAGGCCAGGUGGAGCCAAGCCUGAUGAGGGGCUCCUCUGAGUUGCCCUCUGACAACCAGGCCUUCCAGGGCCCUGGACUCCCCGAGGGGGAGGUCCGCAGCCCACCAGAGGGGGCAGAAAUCCCCGGAGCUGAGCUGGAGAAGAUGACCAGCACCAGCAUGAUCUGCUCCCCUCUGGAGGACAACGGCUAUGCCAGCAGCUCCCUGAGCACUGACAGCCCUAGCAGCAGCCCUGAGCCUGCCUGUGGGACUCCUCGAGGCCCGGGCCCUCCAGAUCGCCUUCUGCCCUCAGUGGCCCAGGCUGUGCAGCAGCUGCAGGCUCAGGAGCGCUACAAAGAGCAGGAAAAGGAGAAGCACCACGUGCACUUGGUGAUGUACCGCCGUCUGGCCCUGCUGCAGUGGAUCCGGGGCCUGCAGCACCAGCUGGUCGACCAGCAGAACCGUCUGCAGGAGAGCUUCGACACCAUCCUAGACAACCGAAAGGAGCUUAUCCGUUGUCUCCAACAGAGGGCGGUCCCAUCCAGGCCGCAGGACCAGGGCUAAGGGUGUGCCUCCACAGGGGUGCAGGGGGUCCGCUUGCUCCCUGGAGAGAGGGAUAACCUGCAGUCAUUUACGGAGGGUUGCACUGAUCCACUCUCUUGGGAUUUCCCAGGCCGCCCCUUGUAUUCCUUCCCCAUCACUCCUCCCCGACUUUGCUCUCCUGAAGCUGUUGUCCCCGAUGAUGGAUUUGCUGUAGGAAAUGUGGUGGCUGCUCUGGCCUGCCAUGGCUUUUUGAGCAAUUGGUAGAGAAUUAGUAUGAGGGAGGGGAGCUGGGAGUGGUGAUUGACACAUGGCAGGGAUGGGGGAUGGGAUCAGAGAAGAAGAUAAAGAACUGACCCUCUUGAACUCUGCCUUGGGGCACACGGGAGAUGGGGAUUGGGGAAAUGAUAACAGCAGAACCUUGUGAAGAAUAGACAGGAUGGUGGGAAUUCUAAAAUAUCACUUUGAAACAAACCACACUUCACAGCAAAGGAGCUGUAGCAGACCCUAUUGAUUUAAGUUUCUGAUGAAAGCGAAUGUGUGCUUAUAAGCUUGCAAGGAAUUGGCAUGGUAUUCCAAGGCUGUUGGGGAAAAAAAGUCUGUUUCCUCCCUGUGCCUCUACUUGCUGUGCCUCUCUGGCUUUAGCAACACUGGGCAUCAAAUUAGGUGGGUCUGUUUUUCUGAAAUCAGGCUGUCUGGGCCCAGAGGAGCCACAGUCAGCUUUCCAGGGUUAACCGGGGGUGGGGGUGGGAGCAGCUCAGCCCAGCCCCUGGAAGCUCUUAGCAUGCUGGGUCAUAAUUCCUUCUGUCACUGUAUGGCCCUUUAAAUGGGAGUUGACAGGCUCUAGCAGAGGCUCUGUGAAUUGGAGAGUGGGUGAAUUUUGGGGAGAACCAAGGACUAAGGUAGCCAAGCUCCCUGCCUUGCUUUUGUGAGCCAUGAGGGUACAAGAUCCUGAUGAGUGAACAGAGGCAUGACGCUUAGUCUCUUUAUCUGCAAAAUGGGGGUGCUCUUUCUAUCUCUAAAGAGUUCUAUCCCUGACGGGUAUAGGGAGUAAGGCUGAAGCAAUGGUCCUGGGGACUUUUGUGUCUAGCCCUUGCAUGUUGACUAUGAAGCUGGCUUCUGGACCAAGCCAUGGUGAAUAAACUGGGGCAGAGAAAUGCA